AUGCGUUUCAGUAUCAGCAUUCUCGCUACCAUCAUGGCCUUCGCGGUCCUCGGCUCAACCAGCGCCAUCAAGCGUUCCGACCCGGUCGAAAAGAUGAUGGAUUUCCCGUACCUCCCGAUCGACGGCGUCGACUUCGCUCCUCCCCCCGGAGCCGCCUUCCACCAGCACCUAGUGAACGUCACCGCUGGUCCGGGUAACAUGUACACGUUCUCGACUCUUACCGACGCUGCGGUCCCCUGGGAGCUCGGCAAGUUGGUCUGCGAGACCUCGUCCGCAUCGCCCACCAGCUGGGAAAUCCAAAACGUCGUCUUCAUUGUCUCCCAGCGCAAGGAGUGCAAGCAGCACAACCUUCUCGGCAGCAAGUGCACCACUCUUGCCAAGUGGAAUGGCGCCGAUGCCUCCCUGUGCGGCAAGCCGAAGGGUUGGGUCGCCUGCUCCUCUGUCGCUUGGGCCCUCCAGCAAGUCGAGAAGUUUUGCAUCAAGUCGAACAUCGAUCGCGCCGGCGGCAGGUUUGAGUACCAGGGCAAGAGCUUGAGGUCACAGGUUCAUUAG